AUGGCUGUUAUAGUUGAAAAUGAGAAAUUAACUUGGCAGAAAGAAUCUUUGGAGCACAUAGUCGAUGCGACAUCUAAGGAAAGGGAUGACGUUAAAGAGAAAUUGAAGAAGAUAGAGUUGGAAUUUUCACAUUACAAAUGCGGCAUGCAUGAUAUGGUCAAAAAUUAUAAGGAACAAGUGAAAGAAUUGAACACAAAACUGCAAGAGGCUUCGAAAAAUGAAUCUUCUAUUGCAGAAAUAAGAAAGAGAGACGAAAUGACUCACCAGCUAGAAGCUAAAGUGACAGCUCUUCAAACCGAAUAUAAGGCUGCGCAAUUGAAAAUAUUAGACUUGGAGAAUAUCAAGUUGGAGUUUGCGCAAUAUAAAUGUGGCGUUAACGAUAUGGUGAAAACUUAUAAGGAACAAAUACAAGAAUUGAAUCUAAGAAUUAAGGAUGUACAGAAAAUUGUUUUCCAACCCGUAUACACGACAAACGAGGGCGCUGAGAAAUCGUCCCAAUAUGCUGGCUACUUGACUAACGUUCAAAUGUACAAUCGCACACUUAAGCAUCUAGCUGAACACCUCAAUAGCUUGACCAAUGGUUUAUCCGACGGGCUUGUGAAAACUUUAGGUGCAUUGAUAACUGCUCAAGAGUUCAAAUUGGAAAGGGCCUCAAUAGAGAAGCUUCGAAGUGCCCUGGCCGAUGUUAAACAGCAUAUUGAGAAACAACAUAGCAAUGUUGUGAGUAAUAUCGGUGAAGUGAAAGGCACACUGACAAUAUUCGAUGGGAUUUUCAAAGAUUACAAUGAAUUAUUGAAGAAGGCAGUCACCAAAAAAGAUAGCCCUCCGCCAAGUGCGAGCGUCGAGCAAUUAACAGCUGCGCUAGUGGCGAGGGGCGAGGAGGUGCAAGCGUUGGAGAACGAGAUAGCCAUGUUGAUUGGGAAUAAGGAGGAUUGCGAUUUGCUAAAGGCACAAGUCGACCUGUACAGAAGCGAUUUUGAAGCGGAACGACAAUCUCGCGAAAUGAUGGCCAGCGAGAAGGAGAUGCUGGCCACGGACCUCAGGGUGUUGCAGAAGAAGCACGAUGAGUUGACGGAACACCUGGAGCAAGUGCGCAGGGCAAGUCCAGCUAUUUACAGCACAGCGAAAGCCAAAGCGCAAGCAAAAGCAGCACAGACGCCAAAACCGAUAACUAGCACGCAUAGAAAUGCUACUGCAUCUGCUACUACUGUUACCACUGCCGGGCCUAAUGCUGCUACUGCGGCUACUGCGGCUACUAAGACGAUUUACAAAUGUCCAAAGUGCUUACAUUUCUCCAGCGAUCAGUAUAAAGUUAUGGAGGACCAUUUCGACUACUGCCUGGACGACUUUUAAGCUAUUAACUACAUAUAGGACGAGUAUACGAUUUCACUAUAGAUAGAUAAAUUUGAUUGUAUAAUAUAUUAUAUGGAAAAUUACCAAUCUGUUAGAAAAAAAUUCCUGGUCUGAAAUAUUGGAAUUGAGCGAUGAGAAAAAACUUGAAGUUUUUUUUUUUGUUUCGAAUAU